CAGCUGUUUUUAUGUGAAAGCAUCCCUGUAAAGAAAUAUACACAUUGCUUCCAUUUGGACGCAACGUGUUUGUUAAUUUUACUGUAGCAAUUUCUUUAUAAUUCUGUUUUAAAAUUGCGGGAAUACUUUUUAUAAAGUUCUGAAAUGGGAAAACUCGAUGUUACCGUGUUACGAUAUUUGACCAAGGAGGAUUUUCGUGUGCUUACGGCGAUCGAGAUGGGCAUGAAGAAUCAUGAACUCGUCCCUGGUCAAUUAGCUGCAUCUAUUGCUAAUUUAAAGGCAGGUGGCGUCCAUAAAUUGCUAAAGGAGCUAUGCAAGCAUAAACUGCUUGCAUACGAACGAGGAAAAAAAUAUGAUGGUUAUCGCCUAACUAACACUGGUUAUGACUAUUUGGCUUUGAAAUCCCUUACAUUGCGUGGAUCUGUAUCAUCAUUCGGUAACCAAAUAGGUGUAGGCAAAGAAUCAAAUAUAUAUGUUGUUGCUGACGAAGAUGGUAAGCCCAUUUGUUUAAAGCUCCAUCGCCUAGGUAGAACUUGUUUUCGCAAUAUUAAAUCGAAAAGAGAUUAUCAUGGUCGCCGUCAUAAAGCCUCAUGGCUAUAUCUAUCACGUAUAUCGGCAACUAGAGAAUUUGCCUAUAUGAGUGCGUUGCAUGAUCGUGGGUUCCCAGUACCUAAACCAAUAGACUUCAAUCGACAUUGCGUGUUAAUGGACCUUGUUAAUGGAUGGCCUAUGACGCAGGUUCAAGAAUUAACAGACGUUGAGCAAGUGUAUGAUGACCUCAUGAAUUUGAUCGUACGCCUAGGUAAUGCUGGUGUUAUCCAUGGGGACUUCAAUGAAUUCAACUUAAUGCUUAAAGACGAUGGAACACCAAUUUUAAUUGAUUUUCCGCAAAUGAUGUCGACAUCACAUGAAAAUGCGGAAUUUUUCUUCGAUCGGGAUGUGAAUUGCGUACGCGAAAUGUUCCGCAGAAAAUUUGAUUACGAAAGCGCAGAUUUCCCGAAAUUUACAGACUUAAAACGUGAAGACAAUUUGGAUGCAGAAGUUCACUGUACGGGUUACGGUGUCACAAAGGAAAUGGAAAGAGACAUUUUACAGGAAUAUGGCAUGAUCUCCGAAGACUCUGAUGGAGAAAAUAACGAAAGUGAUAACUCUGAACAAGAAGAAGAGUCUUCUGAGAAUUAUACAAACGACGCUCUUAAAGAGUAUCGGCAUCAACUUCAAAACGAAGUGGCUUUCAGCGAAAUGAAAAGUGGGCAGAAAACAGACGAUUCUAUUCGUCGUUAUAUUGAAUCAUGUUCACAAUAUUUGGGGAAUGUUAAGCUGGUUCCAGAAUCUGAAAUAACAAAUGAGUUCUCUCAAAUAGCGCUGACUAACUCAAACGAAUGUAAAACCAGCAAUAUCCAUUCCAUCCAAAAUUUAACUGAAGUUUUAAAAGAUAAAUCUGACGUUGGUGUCAGUGCUAAUGACUCGGAUAAUUUAUCACUGAGUUCUAAUGAUUUAGAAACCGAUAACGUUCCCGAACUGAACAACAUGGAUCCAAAUUCACGAAUGUACCGUUUGAAAAUGGUGGAAAAGCUUUUGAAUGACACACGCAGUCAACGAUCUUAUUCAACAACCGCCAGUACUAUAGCGCCAUCCUUAAUAACUGAUCGUAUUAGAAAAAAUAUGGGUGCAAAAGAAAAACGUGAAAUGCGCAAGCAUUGUGUGGCGAAAGGCGAAGCAAGUGCUGUGCACAGGCAUCGCAAAGAAAAUAAGGACGUGGUUAAGGAAUAUGCUGGAUGGGAUUUUUAAGGAGUUUUCUUUUCUAUUUCUAAGCAAUUAAGCAAGCCUGGUACGUUAAGUGAUAAAUAAACAAACAAAGGAUACGGACAUCGUGUUUUUCAAAUCAAA